CAGAGAGUGGCAUACAUUCUAAUGGACGUUAAGCAGCAUGUGAUAACUUUAGUCACAGAGUAAAAACGUUUUCUGUUUGCACCGCAGAGGAAAGGGUGUAUCUUGCAGAAAUUUCCUCUCAGCUGUUACUGUCAAGUAUGGAGGAGUUCAGCUUGGUCCGAUGUGACAGCCUAGAUACAGGGUCUGGCAGUGACAAGGAGCUGACGACCCGCUUGGACCACGGGCCUCUUUACCCACAGGUGGAGCCUUCGCCAGCGGAAUUAGCUCAGUGUGAAGCUGAAGUGGGCACACUUCUCAGCAUCAUUGCUGAAGUCAACAAAAAGAUGGGUUCACUCAAGGCACCCAGUGAACCAGGUGAUUUGAGACCACCAAGACCACCCAGCCCUCUUUUUCCUGAUCUGCUUUCACACAGACUUGUGAGAAGCAACCCAGAAAAGCACAUUGCUGAUGAUCUCAACUGCAGACUUUCGCGGCCUUACCGAGGAGGCAGUAGUGUCAUGUGGACAGAACUCAAGGGUGCGUUGACUGCAGUGGAGGACUCCAUCAACUGCAGAAGGUCCUGGGCAGCCCCCAUCACCUCCUCUGACCGAGACAAACCAAGAGAGCAUCUCAGAGCAGCUCAGGACAGCUGGGCGAAAGCUUCCAAGAUUUUGGAGGAGAUGGAAAAGGAAUUUGGCAUUUCUUUUCCGUCAGAUGUGGCAAGAAUAACAUUUCAAGAGGUGGUCACGGAAAAGCGGGUUGACCCUUCGUCCUUACCGGCUCAACAGGUAAAACUCCAUAGAGCCCACAGUAUCAGCCACGUUGAGGAGGACAGGAGCAAGGUUGGUCAUCAGAGGGGAUGGAGGUCUGCCAUAUGCUCUCCUUCAUCCAGAUCUUCCUGCAUCAAUGGGCCUCUUAGUGCAGAAAGGGCCUCCUAUUCCUUUCCGAAUUCUCCUUUACUCCUCAGAAGAACUACAGCUGGAUCAUUAUCAUCAGGAGGUGACAGUGCCCCACUAAACGUUGUUAUCCCUGGAAGUCCUUGCCAAAGCCCCCAUGGGCUGGAGAAUGAGGUGGAAUGGCUCAACAGGCAAAUUGAGGGACUGAAGGCUAGGAAUGAGCGUCUGACUGUUGCUUUGGAGCGAAAGGCGACCGAGUGUGAGCAGAUCAGUGUUACACUAAAGAGGCUCGAGGCCGACUGCUCUGCCAUGCAGUUGGCUCUCAGAUACUGUGACGAGUGCGAAGAGGCCUACGGUGAACUCAUGUCUCUUUACGAUACUCAGAGGCAAGAAAGCAUUCCUCUGCAGACUGCCGGAGCAGCAGGUGCGGUUGACAGGCAACAGCCUGGUAGUCCAUCACCCCAGCACUGGAAAAUGGGAAGUGAGGAGCUGUCGACCUCUUUCACAAGAGUAGAGGUGACCGAGGAGGUGGAAACGCAUACAACACGGAGAACCCCUGAACUGACCGAUCGAGAGGUCACACUCCGUCAGUUAAUUGAGAGGCUGAAAGGUGACCGGGCAGCCAUUGGCCUCUCGAGGCCACGUGCUCAUCAGGCAGAAGUCAAAAUGACCCUGGAUGCCGUUUAUCCUGCUGGACUGAGAGUGGGGCAUUUAUCAAAAGACAACAGCAAGCAUGCCGAAAGAAAGCGAGACAAGACUUCUUUGUUCCAUGAGCUGAUCACAGCCAGAGAGGAGAUGUCGGAUCUGCGUGCUCUUAUUCGUCUGAAGGAGAAAGAGCUGAGGUGUAUGGAGUGGAAUAUGGUGGCCCAAAAAGCACAGGAAGGCACCGGAGCAUGUGUUUCUGAAAACCUCCGAGAGGAGCCGCAGGACCAAAAGACUGAACAACAGAGUAAAUUGUGUAGUGAUGGCGACGCAGGCGGGCUGAGGACGAGGCCUAUAUUGAAAGAGCUGCAAGCGCUACUUCAGAGGGAACAAGUCCUAAAGAAGAGACUGGCUUUAGUUUAUGACUCACUCAAUGCAACGUUCACAGACAGCACCUCCAACAGUCGGGACAAUGACGAGCACGUUGCACGGAUUGCACAAGCUCACAGUAAGGCCUUGAGCUCGUAUAGACACAUUCGAAGAAAGUACAGAGAGCAGGUGUGGAAGCUGGAGCAGAAACUGGCAGCCAUGAUGGAGAGUCAGCAAAUACAGAGUGAAACAUCAAGGGCAGCAGGGGAAGAUUCCGAAUGGAAGAGAGAAGAGACUGUUCUGUGAUCUAAUUAUGUUUUGCAGAGCCAACUAAUUGAACAUCUUAAAGUGGUUUGCUUCGAACUGUGCGUGUAGGGCUUGUUUCUUAUUAAAAUAUUCUUGAAACAACCUAUUACAUAAAACUAUGUGCAAAACACCAGUGUAAGGGAUACGUAUGGGGGCGGCACUGGCAAAGCUGGUAGAGUCCUUUGCCCCUAGUGGAUCUAGCAGCGCCUUGCUUGGCUGCAGCAGCUCAUUAGUGUAUGAAUGUGAACACACAUGUAAAGCACUUUUUGAUGCCCGUCUGUGAAAGGGUCCGUGUCCCUUUCGGUCAUUCACUUUUCCUUCUAAUUUCGGAAAACAGAAAAUGAGCUCAAUUCCGUUUUUUGUUUUUAUGUGGUUAAAAAAAACGAGAAAUGAAUUGUCUUCCGUUUCCCGAUUAAUCAUUGUAAAUUUAAUAACGGUAAACGAGCCUUGACCCGUUUUUCCAAUCCAGUGGUACCUCUACAUACGACGUUAAUUCGUUCCAGGACGUUGCUUAUAAGUCGAAAUGCCCGUAUGUCGAGCAGGAUUUUCUCAUAAGAAUACAUUAUAAUUCCAUUUGUUCGUUCCACACCCCGAAAACCCACACCAAUUCCUUAAUAAAUACUGCUGGUACUAUUACAAAUGGCAAUUACACAUAGCAAAACAAAUAAUAAUAAUACCGUGAUCCCUCGCUACUUCGCGCUUCAAACUUCACGCCCUCCGUCUUUCGCGGAUUUUUUUUUUAAUUAAAAAAAAAUACAGAUGAUCUGUUCCGAGCUUUGAUGUUACAUAUGUUUGUGUCUGAUCUUGCAAGAGUCACGAACUUCAAACACGCUGGAUGCGUCAAUCAUCGUGUAACUUGUUAAACGGUUGCUGUGGCAAAACAUUCUGUGUAAGUGAGCAGUGGAGUGGAGUGAAUGGAGUAACUCAAUGAAGCACUUAAUAAAGCCCAGCAUUUUUGUACUACAGUACUUUAUUCUUGUUUAAAAAUAAUUCGGUGGGACAGUAACAUGUUUAAAACUUAUCAUAAUUAAUACAUUUGAAGUUCUUAAAAACAAUUUAUUAAAAUAUACAUUUUUUUAAAAUUAUACCUUGGAGAAAAAAGGGGGAAAAAAACAUGUUUUAUAUGAAUCUCUUUCCAAUGCUAAGUAUGAAUAAAUACAUUUGAACACACAUAAAAUAAAAAAAGAUUUGUGGUUUUUCACUUAUUGCAGCGGGUUCCGGUUCCCAUUAAGCAUGAAAAAACGAGGGAUCGCUGUAAAUAAAAAUCUGAAUAAUAAUAAUCGCUUUCUAAUGUGGCGGACCUGUUUUGCGUGCUGUACCUGAACGCACCGUUUGGCUGACAUGCCAGAGUAAGAAAGGUACAGCUGAGAUUUUACUUUCUCAUUUAAUGUUCUGUUGUUUCUGCCGUCAACUGCGGCGGACAGUAGGCGUGUUGUGCUGCACAAGUUCUGAAAUAAAUGGUUAAAAACCUGACGAAGCUGGCGUUCUCUUUGGCGAUGGUGGUACCACAAUAACAAUUGCCACCUUAACUUAUAAAGAAUGGCGAAUGGAGGUCAGAGGAACAUUGUCGCGCCAUUUCACGGAUGUGCCAACCGCAUUCAUAUUUUUCCAUCAUUUCCAUCAUUAUUUCAAUGGUAAACGUCACCUUUUUCCUUUUUCACCACUUGCACAAACCUUCUUGGAACCUGUGUUGAUUUCUCUCACAAGAAAAUCAGCCGUGUGUCCGUCUUGCACAAAACAAAGAAACUGCGGCGCUGUCAUAAAUCAUCGUAUUUCGAGCAUGUCGUCGGAUUUACAAACAAAUGGCGAGUCAAAUUUUACGUCGGAUGUCGAAAAGAUGGUGUGUCGAAGCAAUCUUACUGUAUGUCGAGGUGCCACUGUAUUAAAUUAUUGAACUGAAGUGGAAAAACAAAAUACGCCUAAUAUCUGUUUUCAACCGAGUUCGCUUUUGCAAUGAGCCCUGACCCGGAAGACGAUGUUCUUUUUCCUUUUAUAAAUAUUAUGCAGCUGCAGCAGGGUCUUGUCUAUUUAAAAGAAGAAGAAGAAUGUCUGCCGGGCUGUGGCUCAUUUUAAAAGCGAACUUGGUGUAAUGCAAAUAUUGGGAGUAUUUUGUUUUUUUAUUUCUCUUCGAUUAACCAAUAUUGGAAAAAUGGAUCAAGGAUCGUUGUCUGUUCUUGAAUUACCACUUUUUAAUCAGGAAACUGGAGACGAUUCAUUUCUCGUUUUUGUUAACACAUAUAUAAACAAAAAAUGUAUUUGGGCUCGUUUUCCGUUUCUCAAAACUAGAAGGAAAAACGAAUGGCCGAAAGGUACACGGACCGUGAGAGGCGGUAUACAGUAUAAGAAAUGUUGCUUUGCUUUGUAUACAUAACUAUAAGACCUGCAAAACACUUC